AUGGCCCCCCGCUAUGGAGCCCUCGGCGCAACCUUCCAGCUCGCCCGCCUAUUUCAAUGCUGCUCCCUCAUCGCUAUCAUUGGGAUGGUAGCGAAGUUCAUUGCGGUUAUCGUAGGGCAAGAUGACACACCACCCAAUAUUCUCAUUGGAACAAUCAGCGUGACCUGCAUCGCCGUAAUCUACUGCAUAAUCUCCCAACUCCUCUACCUAGACGACAUCCUCCCAUUCCUCCCCUCGGCCGGUUUAGACUUCCUCAUUCUCAUCGGAAUGAUCGUGGUCGCUGUUAUAAUGGGAAAACCGCUCUCGUACCUGAGUUGUUCGUCGCUAUCAGAUCUAGGCGAUUCAGAUGCAGCUGCGUAUGCAUUUUCGGAGCAUUUGGAUGGCUAUCUCAGUAGUCUGACAGGGAAGAUUGAUUAUGAAGCGUGGAUUGGAGCCUCGAAGGCGAUAUGUUUGGAGACGAAGGCCGUUUGGGGGUUGAGUAUUGCUUUGUGUAUUCUGUUUUUCUUUUCAAGCGUAUGCGGUGUUAUCCUGUGGAGACAGAAGAAGGUUCUUGCGGACAGCGAGGAGAAGUAA